ACCCUCUCAUUCUUCAAAUUAACCAAUUCACUACUCAUCUCUUCUCAACAACUUCACUUUCUUCAUCAAAAGAAUCCUCUUGAUUUUGCUCAUAUAUAGCUCAUUAUUAAAUCUAUAAAAAGCUUCUGGUUUAUUCCUAUCUUCAAAAGAUCUCAAGUUUCUCCCUUGAAUAUUCUUAAAAUCUUGGAAUGGAUGAAAUUCAAGUACCUCCUUAUUUUAUCUGUCCAAUUUCUCUAGAGAUGAUGAGAGACCCCAUCACAGUCUCAACAGGAAUAACAUAUGAUCGAGAAAACAUUGAGAAAUGGAUAUUUUCUGCCAAGAAUAACACUUGUCCGGUUACAAAACAGUCCCUCACAGGAACAGAUUUGACUCCAAAUGUCACUCUCCGACGAUUAAUCCAAUCAUGGUGUACUCUCAACGCUUCCCAUGGCAUCGAAAGGUUUCCUACGCCGAAGCCUCCAAUCAGUAAGCCCCAGAUCAUGAAACUCCUCAAAGAAGCAAAAUCGCCUGAAAUGCAAAUGAAAUGUCUCAAGAGCUUAAGAUCCAUUGCUUCCGAGAACGAUGCUAACAAACGCUGCAUGGAAUCCGCAGGGGCAGCUGAGUUCUUAGCUUCUAUUAUUAUAAGUAAUCGGAAUAACGAGGGUUUUGGAUCGUUGAAGGGUACUAAAGAUGAAGCGCUAAGCAUCCUUUACCAUCUUAAAUUAUCUGAACAUGGAUUGAGAACACUUAUUAUGGGUGGAAAUGGAGAAUUCAUCGAGUCGUUGACACGAAUCAUGCAGCAUGGAAGCUAUGAGUCUAGGGCAUACGCAGUGUUGCUACUGAAAAAAGGAUUUAAUUCAUUUGAAAUUUUAAGUUUAAAGCAAGAGUUCUUCACCCAAGUGGUUCAAGUUUUGAGUGAUGAGAUCUCCCAGAAGGCGUCCAAAGCAUCAUUGCAGAUUCUAGUGAAUGUGUGUCAAUGGGGGAGGAACAGAGUGAAAGCAGCGGAGGCAGACGCAGUUAGAGUUUUGGUUAAUCUUCUCCUCGAUUCGAUGGACAAAAGCGCUUGUGAAUUGAUGCUAAUGUUGUUGGAUCAGCUUUGUCAAAGUGCAGAAGGAAGAGCUGAGCUUUUGAAGCAUGCUGCAGGAUUAGCCAUUGUUUCCAAGAAAAUCCUUAGGGUUUCUAAAUUGGCAAGUGAAAGGGCUAUCAAGAUUUUGCAUUCAAUCUCCAAAUUUUCGGCUACACCAAGUGUUCUUCAAGAGAUGUUGAAUUUAGGCGUCGUGGCAAAGCUUUGUUUGGUGCUUCAAGUUGAUUGUGGAAGUAAGACAAAAGAUAGAGCGAGAGAAAUUCUCAAAUUGCAUGCUAAGGCAUGGAGGAGUUCUCCUUGUGUACCCCUCAAUUUAUUAUCAACAUAUCCAUUUUAGAACUUAGGAGCAAAAAAUUAACGCUUAGGGAGAAAUUGUAUUAGAAAAAUUAGUAGUGGACUAAUUUUUGCGUACAUAAAUUAUUCUUUUCAGAAAAUAGAAAAAAAUGGACAAAAUAGUCCAUGAAAUUCAAUUGUUCACAUCCA